CCUUUUCCUCUGUCUUGUUCUUUUCUCGAUACUUUAACAUCUACCCUGUGUUACUUCAGAUCUUAUCCACGCGCAUCGUCAACGUUGCGUCCUUUUCACAUUCCAUCUUUGCAUCUCAAACCAAUCCUUCCGCGGGACAUAGCCAGACAUGAAACUCAUACAAGAUCUCAUAUCCUCUGCCUCCCUCUGCGGUUCUUUUUCUGCAAUUCCAUGGAGUUCAAGUUUGGAGCCGUUGAUGACCGACAGCCAUUAAAUCCCUCCUCUUCUUCCAGCCCCAGCUACUUCACCGACCAAGCAUCGAUAGCCGGCCUCUCAACCACCGAUCGGCAGCCAAGCCAGGAGCAAAUGCGAAACCCGAAUGACGUUCGAGAAGCAAUCCAGCGGGAGCUCGAGAAGGAGCGGAUCAGAGAAGAGAUAAUAGUAAAGGAGAUCGCUCGACAGAGGGUGCUCGAAGAGGAGGUGAGAAGGGAGGUGAUGGUGGAGCGAGAGAUAGCCAUGCGGAGGCUCACAGCCGAAGGGUUAUCACCCGAGGAAUUAUUGAUGAAGGAGCGGAUCAGAGAAGAGAUAAUCGCGGCUGAAAUAGCUCGGCGCAGGGUGCUCGAAGCGGAAGUGAGGAGAGAGCUGAUGGUUGAACGAGAGAUGGCCAUGCGGAGGCACACGGCCACGUACCCAUCUGACGGGAGGGCAAUUCCUGUUCACGGCAGCGGAUUCGAUAUUCCAUCAGAGAUUAACAAGGCCAAGCCCGAACCAAAUCUUUCUGGAGCAAAAAAGAAGGGGCCCAAGAAGGAGUGGAGUUGUGCCCUCUGUCAGAUUAGUACCACAAGUAAGAGAUGUCUGAGGGAACACCUUCAAGGAAAGAAGCACAAGGCCAGAGAAACAGGGCGGUAUUAUUAUUUUGAACUAAAGGUACGUGCGAGAUCCAGUCUGACACCAGUCCGGAGGUGUACUUCCGUUUCACACUCCAUCUUUGACUCUCAACCAAUCCUUCCGCGGGACAUAGCCAGACCUGAAACUCAUAGAAGAUCUCAUAUCCUCUGUCUACCUCUGCGAUUCUUUUUCUGCAAUUCCAUGGAGUUCAAGUUUCGAGCCGUUGAUGACCGACAGCCACUGUAUUGCUCCCCUUCUUCCAGCCUCAGCUACUUCACCGAUCAAGCAUCGAGAGCCAGCUUUUCAAGCACUGAUCGGAAGCCAAGACAGGAGCAAAUGCGAAACCCGAAUGACGUUCGAGAAGCAAUCCAGAGGGAGCUCGAGAAGGAGCGGAUCAGAGAAGAGAUAAUGGUAGCGGACAUCGCUCGACGGAGGGUGCUCGAAGAGGAGGUGAGAAGGGAGUUGAUGAUGGAGCGAGAGAUAGCCAUGCUGAGGCUCACAGCUGGAAGGUUGUCAUCUGAGGAAUUAUUGAUGAAGCAGCUUAUCAGAGAAGAGAUAAUUGCGGCUGAAAUGACUCGGCGCAGGGUGCUUGAAGCGGAAGUGAGGAGAGAACUGAUGGUUGAGCAAGAGAUGGCCAUGCGGAGGGUCAUGGCCAUGGGCUUGUCAUUGGAGGAGCCAUUGGCAAUGCGGCUCGACUCGAGGCUGCCACCGAGGUACCCAUUUGACGGGAGGGCAUUUCCUGUUCACGGCAGCGGGUUCUAUAUGUUUCCAAUGCCAGUGUCAACGGAAGCUAUGAAGCUCGAUAUCAAGCCUCCAUCAGAGAUUAACAAGGAUAAGUUGAUCAUACUGGCCAAGCCUGAACCAAAUCUUUCUGGAGAAAAAAAGAAAGCUGUGAAACCAUCAGCAGGAAGCCCUAGUGAGCCCCCAACAAUUGGUUUGAAGAAGAUGCCCAAGGAGGAGUGGAGUUGUGCCCUCUGUCAGGUUAGUGCCGCAAAUGAGAGAGGUCUGAAUGAACACCUUCGAGGAAAGAAGCACAAAGCCAAAGUAACAGGGCUUAUGGGCAAGAUCGUCAGCUCAACAGCACUGCCAAAGGAAUGUACUAAGCCUUCUCAGCUUACAGAGAUAACCGAUAUUGGAAGCUCAGGACUGGAGACAAAAAUUGAAGGGGAAUCAAUUCAGCAUAACAAAGUUGGGGGUUGUUCAUACCAGAAGGUUCAAGUGACAGAAAAUUUGAAGAAUAAAGUUGAGCAGGUUUCAGUGCAGAAAAACCAAAUCGCAGGAGAUUCUAAGAAGGCAAAUGGCACAGCAACAGGGCAGGGAGACGAGAAAACAACAGAAAGUAAGAAGCCGGAGAAAUUUCAGUUUUGGUGUGAAAUUUGUCAACUUGGCACCCACUCUCAAGAGGUGAUGGAGAAUCAUAAAAAUGGGAAAAAGCACAGGGCUCAGCUUCAGAACCUUGGUAAGAAAGAUGAAGUAGUUUUAAACAAGGUCGCCAAGGCAUCAUCAGAUCAUACUCUGAAGGCAGUAGAUGCAGAUUUUGCGGCCAAAGAAGCAAAUAAGUAA